UUUGAAUCUCUUUUGUUUACAAACAAAAGGAAAUUUUAUAUUUUUUACAUAUUUUAGUUGAUUAAGAUGCAUCAGAGAUGGAAAAACUGCCACAGGAACUGAUUCUAGAAAUUUUUGAGCACUUGGAAGUUACGGAUUUAAUUAAUUUAUCAAAAAUCAACACAAGAUUUAAAGAAAUUGUCAGAAGCUCACCGAGGAAAUGGAAAUUUAAUUUAAAAUUUGACAAAAAAGGUAAAAUUGAAUCGGAGCGGACACAAAGAUUUGGUCAACUUACUGUUAAGCAUUUCAAUCCACGAUCCCACCAGCCAGCUCUUCAAAUAUGCGGAUCCAAUAUAACCAGCAUUACAUUUACUGGAAGUGUCGUGACAUUUCCAUUUGCUGGUACAGAAAUCAAGUAUCCAGACAUUGCAAUGAUUCUCAGAAUCUGUCAGAAUCUACAGCAUGUAAAGUUCGAGAACCUCAUUGUCUGGCCAGAAGUCAUCAAGCAUAUGCCACAAAAUAAUGGAAUCCACGUGGAAAUUAUUGAAAGUUCAUCCUGCAUCCUUGAUUUGUUCUUGAAAUGUCGAGUCUCAGCACUUUGGAUAACAUCAAAGGAUGGCGAGUAUGGAACUGGAAUUCGAGGCUUCCUCAGAUCUCAACCAUAUCUUAAGACAAUCCUCUGUCAGGGACAGAAAGUCCUUGACCUGUUUUACGCGAUGGGCAACAGCUACGGCGAAAACUAUGAAGCACUUCCGUUUCAACUUAAAAUUCUUUCAAUGAGAGAUGUUUACUUUAAACCUUAUUAUAUGGACAUACUAAUGCCUAGUGCUAGUUCACUAACAUACCUGACAAUAGCUGACAUUGAUCCACUCUGGCAGCACCACUUGCUCGGCGACUUUAUAGCAAAAUGUUCAAAUUUAGAGGAGUUAAGUUUGAGAAAUUUUGCAUUUUUGAGGCUCAAACCACCAACGUCAAUCACACGAGUUACACUCUGUGACUAUGUUGGACCUGCUCAAUGGAUUUCUGACUUAACAAAUUUAAAGUCUUUAGUCGUGAUGAGUCAAACACAUUCGGUACAGACUCAUGCGAUGGAAUUUAAUUUUGCUAAAAAUUCAGCUCUCGAAAAUGUCACAAUAUCAUCAGCAGUGAUUAAAAGUAGCUUGGAUAUGCCGUAUGUGAAGAAACUUAAGCUCAAAGACAUUCGUGAUAUUCCAGAUGGCCAAGAAUUAAUUAGAAAUUUGUGUAGAAUUGAGGAAAUUCAGGUGGAAAAUUGUGGAAAUGUGACAGAUAAAAUUGUCAAGGACAUAGCAAGACGAGCAAAUAAUGUGCGGAACUUGAGCAUAUGUGAUGGAACAAUAACGAAUGAGACUUUGCGGUAUGUUAGGGGAUGUUGUGGGAAUAUGAAGGAUUUUGUUAUGAGAAAUGUGAAGGUUGAGGAUGAGCUUGUGGAUUGAUGUUGGGGAAGGGGGGAGAGUAAUAAAAUCUGAAG